AUGGUCAGCUCACACCCUUUUGCAAUCUCCUUCAAGCAUGCUCUUGCCUCGUUGCUGAUAGCUACCGUAGGCGUCUACCUCGACCACAGCGGGGCGACGAUCUAUGCCCGGUCGACCGUCGAUGGCUUUGCCCACAACAUGGCGGCCAACCUAUACGGGAAUCCGCACUCGGCAAACGAGCCGGCCAAGGUGUCGGGCGAGAUGGUAGAUGCGACGAGGGCCAAAGCCCUGAGGUUUCUGGGCGCCGACCCGCGCUACUUUGAUCUCGUCUUCGUCGCCAACGCCACGGCCGGCAUCAAGUUUGUCGCCGAGUCCUUCCGGGACCUGGCCGAGAAGACCCGGCGCCGCAGCUUCUGGUACGGCUACCACAAGGACGCCCACACCAGCCUCGUCGGCGUGCGGCAGCUCACGCGCGCCGGCGACGCCCACUGCUUCGGCAGCGACGGCGAGGUCGACGAGUGGCUGGCCGACCCCGUCGAGGCGCGGCGCUACGUCGGCCAGGCCCAGACCCGGGGCCUGGGCCUCUUCGCCUACCCGGCCCAGUCGAACCUCUCCGGGCGCCGGCUGCCCCUGGCCUGGACGCGCAAGCUGCGGGCGUCGGCGCCGCUGCAGAACACGUACAGCCUGCUCGACGCCGCGGCCUACGCCAUGACGAGCCCCAUGGCCAACGUCUUUGCCGACCCGGACGCCGCGCCCGACUUCACCUGCCUCUCCUUCUACAAGAUCUUCGGGUUCCCCGACCUCGGCGCGCUCGUCGUCCGCCGCGACUCGGGCCACAUCCUCACGCUGCGCAAGUACUUUGGCGGCGGCACCGUCACCAUGGUCAGCGCGCUCGGCGAGGCGUGGCACAAGUCCAAGGGCCACGAGGCCACCUCGUCGUCGCCGCCGGCCGACCACCACGCAGACGCGGCGGGGGCGGCGGCCUCCUCCUCGCCCUCAUACAGCAUCCACGACGGCCUCGAGGACGGCACGCUGCCAUUCCACAGCAUCCUGGCGCUCGACCAGGCCAUCGACGUUCACGGCAGCCUCUACGGCUCCAUGGACAACGUGUCGCGCUACACGAACCGCCUGGCCGCGCGCAUGUACGCGCGCAUGACCGCCCUGCGCCACGGCAACGGGCAGCCCGUGUGCCGGGUGUACUGCGACGGCGACGGCGCGUUCGGGGACCCGCGGCGGCAGGGCGCGACGGUCGCCUUCAACAUCAUGAGGGCCGAUGGCAGCUACGUGGCCUACUCGGACGUCGAGAGGCUGGCCAACGAGAAGGGCAUCUACGUGCGAUCAGGCGGUGCGUUUUCUCCUCGCUUCAUGUCGCUCGCUUCUUAA